UCUCUCUCGCUCUCUCUCUCUCUCCUUUCCUCGCUUUUAGCGCGCAGUACAGAGAAAAGAGACGGAGGCUACCGGGCUCCCUGCCAGGAAGGGCGCGUCGGGUCCCGUCCCGUCCCUCAGAUCCUGCGGGGAGCCGCAAAUCCUCCGCUUUGCCAAGCCGCGCUCGGAUUGACUGAAGAAAAAAAUCCCGGCGGCGAAGCAAUGCAGCAAACGGCGCUCCUGCGGCCGGGGCUGGCGGCGAGGACGCGCUUCGCUCGCCCGCUCUAAGCGCCCCCCUCGGGCUUGCGAUGCCAGCCCGGGCGACCCACGUGCUAUUGAGAGCCCCGGCCGGCUCGGAGCGUCGGUUCUUCGUCUCUCUGCGUUUUCGGCCCGGCUUUGAGCUGAUCGCUUUUCCCUGCCGGGGCCGGAGGCGAUCGCCGUUGAGUUCUCGCAGAGAUCGGCUGCCUCGCCUUCCGCAAAGCGGGACUUAUGGCAACAGCGAGCGACGUGCUUGGCGCGGUCGUCCCGAGAUGGUCGCAGAGUUACCGGCUCAUCGGAGGUCGAGAUUGCGAAUCUGACAACGCCGGGAGUCGGGGAGCCUCUGGGAGGUAGACCUUAUUUUGCAAGGUCACCGGAGAAGAGAAGGAGAGAGGGACGCCUGCCCUCGCCGGACUUGGGGCCGGUUGCAGUGCUUUGCAGCCGGAGAGGGACUCCGACCGCGGCAUCCUAACGCGGGAGGGCUCCAGAUCCGCAGCAAUCAAGGUACAGCCGGCGGAAAGUUGUGCGCCUCUGCAGCGCCUGUAACGCCGCAGCCAGGAAGGACGGCGACUCUGAGCGGGCGAGCUUCUCCCAGGACCCCAGGCUAGGAAAUCCCUUGCGUGCCCCCCCCCCCAGGGUGCAGCCUCGAGGGGUUGGCCAGCCCGAGUGGGGAGUGGGAGGGAGGCGUCCUGCCAAUCUCGGGAAGGAGCGCGGCCCCCGCUUCCUAGACAGAAAAGGGGAGGGGAUGAAGGCGGCGAUGGCUCUGGGACCGCCACGGAAGAGCGGGUGUCCUUUUCCCGCGUGGCGCGGCGCGGCUCCCCGUGAGACCAAGGCGGCGGCGCCGCGUACCCCGCGCCCGAAGGUGCUUUGAACGGUCGUCCCGCAUGAACGGGAGUGGACGAGACGCUGCCCGAGGGACAAAAAGUUUGGUCGAGCCUGCCGGCUCUUUUUAAAGCGAGCCGCCCGUAAGAAGUUCCCGGAUCCCUUCCCCGGAUCCGCCCUUGGACUCGGAGCCGAGACACGCCAGCCCGAUCAUGCCCGUGGGGGAGCCCGAUGACGCCGCGCCUCUGGCCUUGCAGAGUUACCGCUACUCUUGAAGCGACCCCGGGCUGCGAGCGGCAUGGAAGGGCGGCGGAGCAGCGGCCGAGCGCUGCGGAGGCGGCUUUGAAAGUUGGGCGCGCCGUCACUUCUCGGCCGCCCGCGCCCCCGAGAGGAGCGCCUGAGCGGGAAGGGAGGGGAGGGGAUCGGCGGGCGAGGAGGCCUCGUCUGCCGCUGCCGAAGAUGGGAGACGGAUUGCCGGAGCCGGCCCGCGCCGCCAAGCCUUCCCCCGCCGUGGCCGCCUGCUCCGAGGCAGAAGCCAUCGAGGUCCUGGAGAGCGCGGAGGAGGGCUUUCCCGGCGCUGCAGAGGACAACCCGAGAGGGGGAAGGAACCAAGGUUCAUCCACUCCAACCAGCGGUCCACAGCCACAGUUGCCAAGUCAUCAGCCCCCUGCAGAUCAGCCUUUCCUGACCAGAACACAGGGUGACCCAAGCAAAGGGCAGAAGCAUGGCAGAAAGCACUGGAAAGCUCUGUUUGAUCAGCUUGAUCCCGAGAAUACGGGUUACAUCAGCACAGAGAAAUUUCGGUACCUCCUCCAAAGACAUAGCUCUGAACUGGAUCCACAUAAACUGGAAGUACUUUUGGCUUUAGCAGACAACAAUUCGGAUGGAAAGAUUUGUUAUCAAGACUUUGUCAACUUGAUGAGUAACAAGAGAUCCAACAGCUUCCGCCAAGCCAUUUUGCAAGGGAACAGGAGGCUAUGCAGCAAGGCCCUCCUGGAGGAGACGGGACUCAGCCUUUCUCAGCGGUUGAUUCGGCACGUGGCGUAUGAGACGUUACCCCGCGAGAUAGACCGGAAAUGGUACUAUGACAGCUACACCUGCUGUCCUCCACCUUGGUUCAUGAUUGCCAUCACAAUUGUAGAGGUUGCCUUCUUCCUUUACAAUGGAGUGGUCCUGGAUAGGUUUGUGCUGCAAGUCACCCAUCCCUUCUAUCUGAAGAAUUCAUUAUUAUAUCAUCCUCAACUCCGUGCCCAAGCCUGGAGGUACCUCACCUACAUCUUCAUGCAUGCAGGGAUAGAACACCUUGGACUCAAUGUUGUCCUUCAGCUUCUCGUUGGAGUUCCCCUUGAAAUGGUUCAUGGUGCGACCAGGAUCGGAUUUGUCUAUUUUGCUGGAGUGGUAGCAGGUUCCUUGGCAGUGUCCAUCGCUGAUAUGACUGCACCGGUUGUGGGUUCAUCUGGAGGGGUGUAUGCUCUUAUUUCUGCUCAUUUGGCCAAUAUAGUGAUGGUAAGCCCUGGAUUAAGUAGAACACAGAUUGCCUUUGAGACCCGAAUGUGCUGUUUAUUGUGUAUGGAUUCAUUUAUGUGACAGCUGAACUGUUGUUUUCAGUCCAGCCUGAACAAAUAACAGCAACAUUUGC